AUGGCGUCGUCUUCAAAUGCCGCAAGGCUAUGUGCCCUGGCAUGCCGUCGACCCCUUCGAGUGCAACGGCUGUCACGGGCACAGCAAAUUUCCCGACAAAGUCUUCCCACCCGGCGAGCAUUCAGCACAUCGCCUGCGCAAUGGACAGACGAAAAGCCCGAAAAGGAGGGACGGGAAGACAGUGAGGCAAAGACCCCUCAACAUCUGGAAUUGAAUGCGAUGGAUAAGGCGUUCGUCGAGAGUGCUACCCCUGAAGGACUGCGACAGCUGGACGAACUAGCUAAAUCGAAUGGGUACAAUACGAUUGACGAAUUCUUGACAACAACAUUGAGGCAGACGCCUGGCUGGGCUUCCGAGGACAGAGGAUUGGAAGAGGAACUGCUUAAGGAUGACAUUGGUGAUAAGCCUAACAAGUCGUCGUUCUGGUUCGAUGAGGAGGACCCCGAAACGAACACGGAAGAGCAUGACGAGUUUGACGAAGAUGAUAUGACAUCUAUGGCUCAUGGCAAGCUGGAAGAGGUAAGGGACUUUAGGCAUUAUGCUCGAUUGGCAGUUUGGGAGAUGCCUCUCCUUGCGAAAUUCGCCAAGCCCUUCGUGCCCCCCAAGGACAACGAGGUCCUUCGAUGGCGAUACACGACCUACAUGGGUGAAUCGCACCCCGCUGAGCGAAAAGUCGUUGUCCAAUUCGCCCCCGACGACCUGAAGCUCACGCCUGUCCAGACAGAGAAGCUAAAGAAGCUCGCGGGUCCACGAUAUAACCCCGAGACAGAGCUCGUCAAGAUCAGCUGCGAGAGCUACGAGCACCAGGCGCAAAACAAACUCUACCUUACGGGCUUGGUGGACGAUUUGAUUGCCUCGGCCAAAGACCCCAAGGAUACCUUUGAGGACGUGCCCCUGGACCUGAGACACCACCGCAUCAAGGAGAAGCCCAAGUUCCCCGUGGAAUGGAGAAUGACUGAUGAACGACGGCUGCAGCUGGAUGAGCAGCGAAAGGUGGCGGCUAUUGCGGACAUACAAAAAGCCAAGGGCGGGUUGUUGGUCGACGGCAAGGAGGCUAUUGAUGGUUAUUUGAUGAAGAAGUUGGCUGAGGAGCAGGAAAAGCAAAGGGCUGAAGAGGUUGCAGUGAGGAUUGGGAAGGGCUCGUUUGGCCAGAGGGCUAGGAGGUAG